UUAUAUAAGUUCUCUAUCUCCAUAUAUACCGCCACCCUCCCUUCAAAAACACACUUUCUCUCUCGCUCUCUCUGGAAAUGGAAAAUCGAUUCAAGCUACGAAUCUCUCGCAUGUUUCGAUCCUCGUUUGGCUCUGCGGACCCGGACAUCUCGGACGUUAUCGAAAAAGCCGUUUUCUCGCCUCAAAACCACAACAACUUCCAAUUGAUUGAGCCAUUGUCGCCGUCGUCACCUAAGGCUCGACCAUUCCCAUCCAUUUGUAAACCCAGAUGCCCUGAAUCCACCCAAGGCGCCAUCAAUCAUGAUUGUAUCAUGAUCACUCCAAGAGAAACUCUUCCAAGGCGUAAAGUGUCUGCUCGUUACCCUCCUUUUCUUGUCUCCUCGGCUGAUUUCAAUGGCCGCAAGUGCCCUCCUGCUUCCCCUAUAUCGCCUUUGAACCCUUUCUCCGAGCGUAAAGACUUUGGUUUCUAUGAGAAAAAGAAGAGUUUAACCAGAAACAAGGAGAAGAAAAAGAAAAAUAACAGAAGGGUUCAUGGGAAAAGCAAGAAUGUUAUGUCUUCUACUACCACAUUUUUCAGCUCAUCUUCUCAAGAAAGUGCUAAUCAUAAUUAUGGUGGUUGGUGGUUUAGCAGUGAAGAUGAAACCGACACUCUUUUCUCUUCACGGACUCUCUCAUCGGAUUCAUCCGAGUCUCCCCGGCAACGUUCUUACCGGAAAAGGAGCAACAGUGCUCGUCGGAGAAGAGCUAAGGGCAGGAGCUGUGACAUGGGGGUUUUACCUUUGGAAGGAACCAAUAAAGUAAAAGACAGCUUUGCUGUGGUGAAAAGUUCCAGUGAUCCGUACAAUGAUUUCAGGACAUCCAUGGUGGAGAUGAUUGUUGAGAGACAGAUAUUUGCAGCGAAGGAUCUCGAGCAACUGUUGCAGUGUUUUCUAUCACUGAACUCUCAUUACCAUCAUAAGAUUAUCCUUGAGGUUUUUACAGAGAUUAUGGAGACCUUGUUCUCCAAUUGGUCUUGAUGAAGAAGUAGAAGAAGAAAAACUGUUAACUUCGUUUGUACUUGUCUUUGUUUCUUUCACUUUAUGUUCUUAAGAAAUUUAGUUUAAUCAUUAGAUCUUAGACUUCUAACUCCGAAUUAACGUUGUUAAUGGGAUAAACCUUCCAUAUUAUCCAAACAGUUUAUGUUUUUUUUUUCUUUUCUCUUUUUGCCCUGUCUCUUUGUACUAGC